AUGGAGGUGAGCGGCGGAGACGCCUGUCCGCCCUCUUACCCCCCAGGCCUGAGGGAGGGACCUGAGCGGAAAGUCGCGUUACGUGGAGGUGCGAAUCGCUGCUGGAACCUCAGUGUCGACGCCAGCAGUCGGCUAACAGAUGUCUUCAACAGCGUGAUGUUGACUGGCUCCCCUUCCUUCUAUGAUUGCUACAAGUCGCAGAGUGAAGACAGUGUUGACCUAAGGCAGACCUAUGCUCCACUUUCUUCAUCAACAGAAUAUGCAAGUUCUGUAGAUUCUUCACUUUUCUAUGCACCAUCGUCUAUGUAUGGAGAUGAUAUUAAACAGCCCUCUAAUUCUCAGAUCAGUGUAAAGAACAGGAUUCAAACAGAAAGAAAUGACUAUGGUAGUGAAACAGACUUAUAUGGACUUGUGUCUAACAUUUUGGAAGAGCAAGAUAAAUCACAGCCAUAUUUCACUGAGGGGACCUGCUCCUCCAAUUUAAAGUCAGUUUGGCCAGUGAACACAAGCAGAUUUGCAGAUCACCAUGACCUCUUAACAGAAACCAAAAGGCCAAUAGAUACAGCCAUCUCUCAGCAAGCUUUUUAUACUGGUGAAUCUGUGUCAGCAGUGGAAAAGCAGUACCUGCAUAAUAGUAAUCUGAUACCACAACAAAAAAUAGAUGAACUUUAUCAUGGAUUUACUGGUUUAGACCUUGAAGAACAAUGGAUGUACCCCUCACGAAGUGAUCAUUCUAACUGUUACAGUAUUCAGACAAAUGAUACAGCUAAGACGACAUUUCAAGAAUAUCUAUCUAUCAAAAACUGUUUUACACCCCACAUUGGUCUGUCUGACAUCAUGAAAGAAUCAGGAGUUGAUACCUACUCUUAUGGAAGAGAAAAAAUAUGUGCUAAAGGUCUUGAAGCACCAUUACAGCAAAAGAGGGCAGAGAUGUUUCUUUCCCAAUUUAAUAGAUACAAUGAAAAUGCAGAUUAUUGUAGAUACCCAGAAUAUGCUUAUCCUAAUAAGGCUAAGCUGAAUAAGUGUUCAAAUUUUAGUGUCCAAGAUAGUAAAAAAUUAGCCAGUGGCACACCUGAAACACCAACUGUAGAAGCAGACACCUACACAAAGUUAUUUCAGGUUAAACCAGCAAAUCAGAAAAAAAUGGAGGCGACAAUACCUGACCAGCAGAAUUUCACAUUUCCAAAAACUAUACCACAUCUGACAGAAAAACAGUUAGCAAAGGAAGCAUUUACUGCUGAUUUUGGCUUAAAAUCAGAAUGUGGACUAAAACCUCACACAGCUUGUCCAGCUAAUAAUGAUUUUGUCAAUGUCACAGAAAAGCAACAGUUUACUAAACCUGACCCCCCAAAUUCUGAGUAUUUUAGGUCAGUGAAUUUACUAGCAAACUCAGCAGCAUCUUCAGGCAGUAUCAACUUAAACAGACCAACUUGGAUGAAUGUCCAAACAAAAAAUAACACUCUUAUUCCUUAUCGAAAUCAAGGUAACUUGAUGAAAUUAAAUACUCAUUUAAGUGCAGCUUCAAAAGGUUCUAACCAUUCUUCAGAUUUCCUGCAACUAUCAUCUACAAAUUUAACAGCAAAUAGCAAUUUAUUUCAGAAGUAUUGCCAAGAAAACCCUUCAGCAUUUUCUAGUUGUGAUUUUGGUUAUAAUGGUGCAGAAAGAAUUCAAUCUGUCAGUCACAUGAAAGGACUGACAAAGACUGGAGAAGAAAAUCUCUUUGAAUCUGUUACCGAUAAAAAAAUAAAGCAGCCAAAUGGAUUUUAUGAUAACUAUUCAGCUCAGCAGUAUGGGAUCAUUGAAAAUGUAAACAAACAUUAUUUUCAAGCUAUGCCCCAGAGUGGCCAUUAUGACCCUGAGGAAGGGCCUAAGCAUUUAGAUAGCUUAUCUCAAAAUACAUAUCAAGAUCUGCUGGAGUCACAGGGUCAUUUUAAUAGCCACAGACAGGGAAGUGGAGAGAACAAUAUUAAUAGCCGUGUGAAUCGCACACAGGUGUCAUGCUUUUCUAAUAAUUAUAUGAUGGGAGAUUUAAGGCAUAAUCAGAGUUUUCAACAACUUGGUUCAAAUGGGUUUCCCCUAAGAUCCACACACCCACUUGGCCAUUCAGUUGUUCCACUGUUGGAUUCCUAUGAUUUGUUUUCUUAUGAUGACUUAAGCCAUUUAAACCCGUAUUUCAAUGAUAUGAUGUAUGGUGAUAAUUCCUUUUCUGGUUUUGUGCCAACUUUUGGAUUUCAAAGACCAAUUAAAACCCGUAGUGGACCAGCCAGUGAACUUCAUAUUCGUCUAGAAGAGUGCUAUGAACAAUGGAGAGCAUUAGAAAAGGAGAGAAAAACGACUGAAUUGGCCCUUGCCAAAAAUUAUCCAGCGAAAAAGGUAUCGAGUACUAAUAAUACUCCAAUUCCAAGGCUAACCUCCAACCCAUCUAGAGUUGAUCGCUUAAUUGUGGAUGAACUUCGAGAACAAGCCAGAGUUGUGACUUUACUGGGCAAAAUGGAACGGCUUCGAAGCUCUCCCCUUCAUGCCAGUAUCUCUACAGCUCUUGAUAGACACUUGGAGUCCAUUCACAUUGUACAGUCACGUAGAAAGGACGAAAUUGUUAAUGCUUCAAAUCGGCAAAGGCAAGGUGUUCCUAGAUGCCAAGAUGACAGAGAUGUUUUUGCCCUUGCUUCAGCAAUUAAAGAGAUGUGUGUGGCUACUCGGAAAGCACGCACUACCCUGUGGUGUGCACUGCAGAUGACCUUGCCAAAAACAGCCAGUACAGCUGGCCAAACAGAUGUGGAAAAGGCUUUACAAGAUAUAGUAAACUGUGAAGAUAAAGUCCAUGAAAGCCUAAAUAGUAGCAAUCCAAUGAACCAGAGAGGUGAAGCAAACAAACAUUAA